CGGAAGUGGCGCAUUGUAGCAGAGUUCACUACCGCCAUUCAAAGCGAAAAGCGGGAAAGAUGCAUCCCGAAGAUGUCACCACGCCUCGCAGGAGGUCGUCGAGACUCUCUGGUCCAGAAGAAAAUGAUGUAGACAAACCUGUUGUGGCUACUCUUGUUCCUCCGAGGAAAACGUUCGCCUUGAAGAAGAUAGUGCCAAGGAAAACACAGGUCGCGGAGCUUAACAAGGAGAAUGAUGAAAGGCUUUCCAACGUCCCUGAGAAGAGGCCUAGGCCAUCUACCCCGGCAGCCGAAAAGAAAACAAAGGUGUCUACGCCAUCCUCCGGAAAGAAAGGAAAGCCGUCCACACCAUCAUCUGCAAAGCAAGCAAAGGUGUCUAUUGCACCAUCACCAUCACCCGAGAAGAGACCCAAGUUGUCCACACCAGCACCGACAAAGAAAUCCACACCAUCCUCUCAAAUGAAAUCAAAGGCAUCCACAACACCAUCAUCUGAAAAGACACCCAAGAUUCCUAGCCCGGCACCGGAAAAGAAGUCUACACCAUCCUCUCUGAGGAAAGCAAAGGUUUCUACCUCAGCAACACCAUCAUCAGGCAAGAAACCAAUGGUGUCCACACCGGCACCUUUGGGAGACACCCCUGUCCCUAGACCCACCCGCACUCGCACCCCCACCAUCCUGUCUCCCAUUUUGCCCCCCCAAGACCAGGACAACCAGACACAGGCCCCACGGUCGCCCCCAAGGUCCUCCAGGAACAGGCCCACGCACAGUGACGAGGCGUGGAGCCAGAAGGUGCGUCGCUCAUACAGCCGCCUGAGCGGGGGAGAGGCCUCCUUCUCCAGCCCCUUGCAGGACCAUCAUCCUCCUCAGGGCUCCAGCUCGCCGGCGCCCCCUACCAGACGGGAGACGCUCUUCGGGUUCGAGAAGAUGGCCACGCCCAAGGUGAUGCGGCCGGCGUCGGCGAACGUGUCGGCGGCGCCCCAGGGCACGUCCUCGAUGUGUGGGGUGACGGCGGUGCUGAACCUGUCGGGCGAGGCGGAGGACAGUUUGUCAGGGGAGCCCGUACCGGACCCCAACAUCCCCGGCGUGGCCAUAAACAAGAAGCAGCCCAGGAAGAAGAGGGCGCAACCCAUUACGAUGUCGGAGCUGGACACCCUUGCUGCCCUCAUGAAUGCCGAGUUUGCUGAAGCAGAAAGCUUUGAAUUGGUUGUGGAAUAAUCUCAUCUAAAUCCAUAGUUAUUUUUUAUUUUGAUUUUUAUUAUUUGUUUAAUAUUGUGUUUUUAACCUGCAUUCAUAUAUUGUUCAUAUUUGUAUGUCUCCUCCACCCCUGAUGUAAUGUGCAGAAAGAUUCGAGUAGCUUCACUUUGUAGUUUUGUUUUUUUAAUUCCUGUAUCUAAGAACACAAUUUAUUAUUUCAGUGUUUGCUAUCCUUACCCCCCACCCCCACCCCUCCACCCCCGACAGACAGACAGACAGACAGACAGACAGACAGACGCACACACACAGACAGACAGACGCACACACACACACAGACAGACAGACAGACGCACACACUCACACAGACAGACAGACAGACAGACAGACAGACGCACACACACACACAAACAGACAGACAGACGCACACACACAGACAGACAGACGCACACACACACAGACAGACAGACGCACAGACAGACAGACAGACAGACAGACAGGCACACACACACAGACAGACAGACAGACAGACACACACACAGGCACACACAGACAGACAGACAGACACACACACACACAGACAGACAUACACACAGACACACAGACAGACAGACAGACGCAGACACACACACACACACAGGAGGUGUUCCCGGGCCAUUUUGACCUGUAUCAUUUUGGGGGGCAUGCAUCAAUACUUUCUAAACUGAUACAGUAGUGAUCACGUGUUGAGUUGACAAGGCAGAGGAUGAAAGGAGUGCAGGUAUUGUUCUGUCCUUCAGUUGUGCAUCAAUGCCUUGUACGUUAAGAGCACUGAUAGCUCAAUCCGAGAGCCUGGUUAGAGUUUACACACUUUAUUCACCGUCUCAUCUUUCUCUCUCUGCAUCUAUCCCUCUCAAAAACAUGUACACAGACAUUCACAAGCAUGAUGAACGAAACAUAAGAUUGAAUUCGAGCUAUGUUAUUUUUUUUCCUUUUUAAAUUAUUUUUCCUAUAUGCCCGUGUCAAAAUAAAUGACCCGAACACCUUCUAUGUAACAAAAACACGAACACUUUAUAGGGGUUAAAACAUUGUCCUUGUAUCAUCAAUCACUGUGUUUGGAGGAUAUUUAAUAAUUAUGUCUACUGUGUCAGAAUUUAGUGAAGUUUGUUUACUUCAAUAAAUUGUAUUCUCUUCCUAA